AUGUUUGAAUUAUCGUAUGGAUCACCUCGUCUCUUUCGAACAUCCUCCAAGACUGGUAUGGGAUUGAAUCUAGCGAAUUACCGCAAAGUCCAUUCUCGUCUGAAGGUAGCCACAUACCUUCCAUGGAAUAUCGUACUUACUUAUCAUGAGCUUUCAGAUCGCACUGUAUAUCAGCCAAUCUCGGUUGCAGGUCAGGGCUUCUCUAAUAUCUGGAAGUCAUCAUCGUCUACUUUACCAGCCACAGUAUCUCCAAGUUCCACAUUACAGGGCCAUUUCGACCUUCAUGGCAUAGCAGAAGCUGAUUCAACAUAUAUCAAAGAACUUCCGGGCUUUCGUGAUGGACGAAUUGAUUUUGGGAUGUCAUUGGAUACUGAAACGCCAGGGCUCAUUCCUAGUACUGGUCGUCGCUCAUCCCAUCACUUUGACCUCGACACUUCUAUGGAGCUAAGAUCUGUUGGCACAACAACUGAUAGAAAAAAUCCAAGUGAACCAGUGUAUCUCUUGCCAGUCUCAUCCAGACCGUCUUUUAGUCGGCCUCUCAAAAUACGUGGGUCUAUGUGCCCUAUCAUACAGACGGAUGUGCAUCAGCGUCAAGAGAAACUUAUACUAGAUACGCUUCAAUGCUCAUCACCGGAUACUGCCACCACAAAUACUAGCGGUGAAACAUUUUCAACCUAUUCAGGGUACGACUCAGCAGCUCCUGACUGUUAUCAGUCUGCAGGAACCAGUCCAGGGAGUUUCUAUGCGCGAGGUAAACAGUCGAUAUUUAACGCUCCAAUAUGGGACUUUACAGAGUGCUUAGAACAAGACAUUCAUCCACAAUCAAUACGAAUGAGUAAUUUUAUUGAAGAGAAGUUGCUGGAACCAUCGGCUGCGCAAGGCGAGUUUGACUUUCCCUUGGUAGCGCAGGACAUGCAAACCUCAUGUUUCGCUGAGCCUCAAGAGAAAAGUUUUCAUUUCAUUGAUGCCGGCGCUGGCUACAGCCUCUUUGACGCACGUACGGCACAAAUCAUUACAGAUAUGGGGAAUGGAUCCCCGUGCGACAACAUGAAUACCGGCAAGCAAUCCCAGUCUUUUGGUUCAACAUUUCAACCGAAUGGAAAUAGAUGUUUGGACGUGAACAUACCUAGGGCUGAUCAAGGUGCGAAACACGGCGCCGUUGCAUUUUCUCAAUUCCAGAACACCGAGGUUCAAUCUAGCCUGGAUACUUUUCCAUAUUGGAAGACAGACGACGCAUCUACCUCUCCUUGGUCUGCGGAGAAUAUACGAGGAUUUGACCGGAACUUUGAUUUUAGCACGUUGCCAGCUAAUCAAUUGCUAGUAGGAGAAAUAGCAACAACAUCCACUCACGAAAACUCAUCCCCAAACUCCGAAUACGAAUCAAUAAAGUGUACCCAUCCUGACUGCCUUUAUGAAUCAGGCGGAGAAUACCAAUGGAAACGAGGUAAUUUGAGGCGUUACAUUAAAGAAAAACAUGAGUUGAACAUCGAGGACCGACUACUCUGCGAUAUAGGCUAUUGCAAGGCAACAUUCACAAGAAUAGGAAACCUUCACGCGCAUAAAGAGAAUAAACAAAAUAUCACCAUCCCCAGACAAAAACGGAAACGAAGGAACACAAUGGACGGAAACACUAAGAGACCAAGGGCUGGUAGUAGAAUUAUGAAGGCGACGAAAAGGUUCACAGGCAGCUUGGUAAACUUUCCCAAUCAUAGCCAACCACAAUUAGGCUUUGGAUCGUUGAAUAUCAAUGAGUCAUGA